AAUCAGAUUUCUUUCCCUCCCAAAGAAGAAAGAUGGGGAUUUUGGCAGGCAUAGGGGUGUUGGUGCCAUUUCCAUUUUACUACUUGUUAUGGACAUACCCACAGUUAUGGGUGAACCUUUGUGGGAAAGGAAGGGACCCAUCAAAGGUAAUGGCCCUUGUUUCCCAUUUCUUCAAGCUGAUUCAGUUCGUUUCUCUCUUUUCAGUUUCUUCCCUCUCUUGGCCUCCCCCUCUCUACUUUUGGCCCCUCUUUGCCUUCGGUCAGUUCCUCAACUUCAGGGUGUACCAGUUGCUUGGUGAAUCGGGAACUUACUAUGGCGUACGCUUCGGUAAGAAUAUUCCAUGGGUGACAGAAUUCCCUUUCGGGUAUAUCAAAGAUCCACAAUAUGUUGGGAGCAUCAUGAGCCUUAUUGCCUGUCUGUCUUGGGUACCCAUCCAAUACAUUCUCCUCUGGUCACUAGGAUAUCUAUUUAUGAUCCACAUCGAAUCGACUGAAAAUCCGGCUACAUGUGCGAAACCUUUAUCGUAAUUGCUCAAGGUUCGUGGUGACAAUUAGGUAAUGACAGGCACUCUUUGUUGUGAUCUUGAAUAAGCUCACACAUUUGAAAAUGAGUCAUGUUUAUGUAGCUAAUGCUGGUGAGCUUCUUUGACUGUAUUUGUUUUCGGAAUA